AUGUCCUCUUCCACCAAAGACAAUGCACCCCGUCCUCCUUCAAAGGACGUUGAACCAACCAAAAUUGACACCGCACCACAACAAGCUUCCACUUCACCUGGUGAUGGCACUCAUAUUCCCGCAGACCAGAUUCGCAAGCCCUCUGAGGUCGAUCGCAAUGACCCAAAUAUAAAUGUGGUAGAGAUCCCUGCAGAGAUAAAACGGUCCCCCACCUUCAAAGAACAAGUAUUUGGUUAUGCCAAGGUCAUCCGCGGAACAGCACUUGGUAAAUCAGACGUCAAGGAGCACGGGGAACAAGUCUUGCGGGGUGAAGAGACCAUUCCGGUGAAAGGCCGUCGAGGUUCGAUUGCAGAGUAA